AUGCAAUCCAGCGGCUCUGGAAUCGCUAAAGCCACUGUGUACCCUCCUACCAGGGCCGACUCCCCACCAAGCCGCCACAAUUUCGACUUCUCCAAGUCAGCCCUGUCAACCCACAAUGGCAAGUACAUUGAGCUUGACGACUUCACGUCAAAGACAAAUCAAGUCCGCAAUGACCGAGGGCAUGUGACUUCUUCUAGAAACGGCCGCCGCUCCAUCUACAUUCCGAACACCUUAUGGACACGUUCGUUUGCUACUGCGGUGGUUCUCGAAACGUUAGCUACAGUUGGGAUCGAAAGUUGGGUUUUUGUGAGCAUGCUAAACCAGCUUGACAAAAUUGAGAAGGGGAGUGCGACAUUGCGCAUUCGGUCAUUUCUUGGUCUUUACAUAUUCGCGCUUCUCUAUGAACUUGCGCUUUCAUACGAUGCUUUACGACGCAAAAACACCUUUCAGCUAAUUGGACUCUGCAUCUGCAACUUUGGUCUUUUUACCUACGGUAUCUUGCAGAUGAAGGAAAUCAAAGAGACCGUCACAGAAGUGGUGGCCGACACUACACGCAGCGACAAAAUUUGGGGGAUGUAUCAAAUUGAACUCAUUUUAGUUCCAGUCUUUUUGGGUCUCGGUACUGCCAUUAUGAUAUUCGUGACGUGGAAACUUCGUGCAGAAUUCUCCUGGUCGAUCUAUAAAGACAUCAGCGCGGAUUUGCGAAUGAAUCGCCGAUAUACUGUCUAUCAGGUAUACAUUGCCCUACUCAAAUUUGACUGGUUUUUUAUCUUUGGCACACAACUCCAAAUUCUACUUUCCAUCCAAGAUUUCAAGAAUGAGGAGUUCUUGAUCAAUGCUGCAAUGGUUCCCGUUGCUAUAAUAGCUUUAUCUCUGUCAGCUCUUUUUUGUCGCCGAGAGAAAACAAAAUCCCUCUUCGUGAUGAUGAUCCUCAUGGUUGGUAUAUUGACGAGUAUUAUCAGGACCAUGUUUAAAAUGUACCUUUCGGGUGACAAUAGCGGUCUAAGCUCAUUUAAGACCUCCCUUACGCUGUUUGCUGCGAUUGCAACCUUUUUGAUUCUUUCGACUCUCGUCAACUCAGUUUGGUGUAUGUUGAAUUUCCACAAAGGAUUGAAAGAUUACGUUAAGCAACUUCGAAGCAGGAAGCCUGCUUCUAGUCCAUCAGGGCCUUGGAAUCCAGAAGUUAACUCACGCUUUGUACUAAACUAA